AGUCAUUCCUGCAGCAGUACUUCCGGUCGGCAUUUUGUUCUGCGAGAGGGGGAGAGUCCGUGGAUCCUUUUAUCACCGCGUCAAUAGUCUUUCUGUUUUUACUUCUGAUUAUUUCCAGGAAUCUGGUAGAAAUUGGUACAAUCUUGCAUCGGUUUAGGAGCAUCGCCGGUGAGAGCACCGGUUAAGGGAAUGCUCACCUCCCUCAAGCCUUCAUGUUUGCCGUGAGAAGGAAGAAGAACCAACCCUCCCGACCCGGAUUAUUGUUGUUAUAUUACUCGGAGGAGCUGUGAGGGCGAUUGAACGGAGGGGGAGCUAGACGCGUACCAGAAAACACCAACCAUUUCUUUUUAAACAUCACAUCCAGAGCGUUUGGGAGAUGUGAAGAGCAGCCAGAGGGAGGCGACGUUAAGCGAUCUCUGCAUCCUCUCGACCCCCCCACCCCUCCUUCAGCAUGAAUGGGGAUAUGCCUCAUGUGCCCAUCACCACUCUCGCUGGGAUCGCUAGCCUCACUGACUUGUUGAACCAGCUGCCUCUGCCCUCGCCGCUGCCUGCCACCACCACCAAGAGCCUGCUGUACAAUGCGCGCAUCACGGAGGAGGUGGGGCACCUGCUGGCCUGCCGAGACGAGAACCUGGUCACGCAGCUGGUGCACAGCCUCACGCAGGUCUCCACCGAGCACAUAGAGCUGAAGGACAACCUGGGCAGCGAUGAUCCGGAGGGCGACGUGCCGGUGCUGCUGCAGAUGGUGCUGUCCAGGAACCCCACCAUCUUCAGGGAGAAAAGUACGCCAGCCGCUGCCGCCACAGCCGCCACAGCCGCCACCGGCCGAUAUGCUGGGGGUCAGAGUCAGGGCGGUAUCAUGCAACAACAGCAAAUGGUCUCGCAGUACAAGAUAUCCCAGAAUUCCAUGCACGGCAGCCCGGCAUCGACAAACUACCAGCAAACCACUAUCACACACAGUCCUUCCAGUCGCUUCGCUCCUCCGGCGUCGGGCACGGGGAGCAGGUUCAUGGCCCAGCAGGGCAGCCCGGUGCCCAGCCCCUACGCCCCGACCAGCCCUGCCACCGGCUACAUGCAGCAGUACCCCCACCCGCCCAGCUACUCACAGCACCAACAGAUCCAGCAAGUGUCGGUGGCCAGUCCCAUGGUUCCCGGCGGCAUGAGGAAUGUUCAUGACGGCAAGCUGUCGGGUCAGAUGGCCAGCAACUCAGCCAAUCACAACUCCAGCAGCGAGGACUACAUGGGCAUGGUGCACAGACCCAUGGGCAGCAGCGGGGAAAGCGACCCCUCCAUGAGAAACGCCUCAUUCCCUCUCAGAUCGCCUGGCUGCUCUCCUGCGGGUAGCGAGGGCACCCCUAAAGCGGGUUCGCGGCCACCCCUCAUCCUGCAGUCCCCUCCCCCGUACACGUCCCCGCGCGAUGGUGCCGCCGCCGACAUGCUGCUGGACUCGCCGGACACGCGCAACAAGAAGUCGUCGCGCAGCAAGUCCGGCAAGAUCGACGAGGCCGGCACCGGCGCCGCGGGAGCUGUGGACGGCAAGAACGCGACGGCGCCCGCCAUGUACGACAUCGUCAGCCCACCCUCCAAAGACUCCACCAAGCUCACGCUCAAGCUGUCGCGCGUCAAGUCCUCCGAGAGCGAAGCGCCCUCCUCCAAUCCCGGCAUGCUGCCCGAGCAAGGGUCGGACGCGGAGGGAGACCUGCCCUACAACAGCCUCCAGCAGCAGGGGCAGCAGCAGCUUCGGGGCGGCGUCCAGGACAGACUAGGCCCAGGAGGACACGUACUCAGCGGUGGGGAGCAGUCGGGGUACCAGCAGGUGCCCGUGCUCCAGAACACGGGGGUGGUGUCGGGGGGCAAGAUGGGCUGGGGAGGGGGAGGCGUGGGGGUCGGUGGGGGGCAGUUUGACGACACGGAGAUGGACGCGCUGGCCGAGAUCGAGAGGAUUGAGCGGGAGUCGGCCAUCGAGCGGGAACGCUGCUCCAAAGAGGUCCAGGACAAAGAUAAGCCACUGAAGAAGCGGAAGCAGGACUCCUACCCGCAGGAGCCCGGGGCCGGGGGCACGGCGGGGGCCACGGGCGGCGGCGGGGCCCCCCCGGGUCUGGGCGGCGGCGGGGGCAGCGCGGGCCACAAGCUGGCCCCUCAGGAAGCCAGCGCGGCCAGCAACGGCGCCAACCGGCUGGCGCUCAUGGUCAGCAUCGACCUGCAGCAGGCGGGCCGCGGGGAGGGCCAACUGGAACCCGUGGCCACGCCGCUGCCCGCCCUGGAGGCCCAGCGCUGGCCCGAGGAAGGCGCCGAGCCGGCGGGGGUGCUGCGCAUGCGCUCCAAGACGGACGGGGAGGUGGUGCAGCGCACGGCGGACAGCCGGCCCGAGGUGAUCAAGCAGCGGGCCGACACGCCGCAGAAGCCGGGGCCCGACGGGCACGCGGAGAUGCCCACCAGGCACAACAAGCAGGACGGCCGGCACGAGAGGGAACGGGACCGGGAGAGGGGGGACAGGGAGGCCAGGCCCAGCUCCGAGAGGCGGUCGGACGGGUCAAAGAUCAGGCACGAGGGCAAGGAGGGUAAGAACCGGCCCGAAACGCCGUCGUCACGGAGGUCCGACCAGGCGCGCGACGGCGGACACAGAGAACGGGAAGAGCGGCACCGGGACCGAGGAGGAGGAGGAGGAGGAGGGGACAAGGAGCGCGGAGAGCGCGAGAGAGAGCAGCGCGACGGAGACUCCUCUCGCCUCCGCCGGCCCGAGACGCCCAAGUCCUCAGACCGGCACGAACGUCGGGAGCGGGAGCGGUCGGACCGGGAGAAGGACAGGCGGUCACGACAAGACGGCGAGGGUCGGGAGCGGGAUAAAGAUAAAGACCGGGAAAAAGACAAAGACCGGGAACGAGACCGGCGGUCACCAGAACAGCCACAGCAGCAGCAGCAGCAGCAGCGACGAGAUCGGGAUCGUGCCGACAGUCCUCGAAUUAAACAAGAGCGAGACGGCAGCCGGCCUCGGCCAGAGCGGCCUGGCGGGAGAGACUCCGAACGACGCAGCGACCGAGGAGGCGGCAACGACUCAAGCAGAAACCGGCAGGACUCCAACAGCAGACAACAACAACAACAACAGCAGCAGCAGCAACAGGACGUCAAACCCAGCGGGCCCGAGUUCCCCUCGUACCUGCUGGGCGGCAAGUCGUCGGGCGCCCUGAAGAACUUUGUCAUUCCCAAGCUGAAGCGCGACAAGGACGGCAACGUGGUUGGCGCCGACCUGAAGCCGGCCGAGGGCUGGUGCGAGCCCCGGGUCAAGUUGGAGCGCAUCGGGCCCGAAGGCUCCCAGGCGCCGCCCGGCAUCGGCCCCGGCUUUAUAGUUGACCGGGAUGGCCUGAAGAAGGGCCCCAAGCCCGUGGUGGUGCUCAAGAAGCUCUCCAUCGACGAGGUGCAGAAGAUCAUUCGCAAGAGCAAGAGCCGCCACUCCUUCGGGAAGUCAUCCAAAGGGGCGUAUGAUCAGAGCGUCCUUCGGGAGCUGCCCCCUCACCUGAUGGCGGAGAUCGAGUCCACGAUGCCGCUGUGUGAGCGUGUCAAGAUGAACAAGAGGCGGCGCAGCACCGUCAACGAGAAGCCCAAGUACGCCGAGGCCAGCUCUGACGAUGACGCCACCGAGUCCUUCGAGCCCUCACGGAAACGGAACAGGCGCGACAAGGGCGGGGACAAGGCGUGGGAGGGCGACGACCGCGAUCGGAGGGGUUCUGGGGAGCACCGGCGUAGCGGCAGCGGGUUCGGCAGCAGCCGGCAUCGGGAGCGCAGUCCAGAGGAAUCGGACGAGGAGUCGCCGCCACCCAGCAUGAGCGACAUUGCCAGAAAGUUGAAAAAGAAAGAGAAACAGAAGAAGAGAAAGGCCUACGAACCGAAGCUCACCCCAGAAGAAAUGAUGGACUCCUCAACGUUUAAGAAGUUCUCCGCCUGUGUGGACAAUAUUCUGGACAACCUGGAGGAUGUGGAUUUCACAGCAUUAGAUGAUGAUGAGAUCCCCCAGGAACUUCUGCUUGGCAAGCACCAACUCAGCGAGCUGGGCAGCGAAUCGGCCAAGAUCAAAGCCAUGGGCGUCACUUGCAGGCUUCCGUCUGACAAACUUGUGAAGGUGCUGAACAUUUUGGAGAAGAACAUUCAGGAUGGAUCCAAGCUGUCAACGUUAAUGAAUCAUGACAACGAUGCGGAGGACGAGGAGCGGUUGUGGCGCGACCUCAUCAUGGAGCGCGUGACCAAGUCGGCGGACGCCUGCCUGACGGCCCUCAACAUCAUGACCUCCACGCACAUGCCCAAGGCCGUCUACAUCGAGGACGUCAUCGAGCGCGUGCUGCAGUACACCAAGUUCCACCUGGUCAACACGCUGUACCCGCAGUACGACCCCGUCUACCGCGUCGACCCCCACGGAGGCGGACUGAUGAGCUCCAAAGCCAAGCGUGCAAAGUGCUCCACGCACAAGCAGAGGGUCAUCGUGCUGCUCUACCAUAAAGUCUGUGACAUCGUCAGCAAGAUCUCGGAGCUCCUGGAGAUCCAGCUGCUGACGGACACCACCAUCCUGCAGGUCUCCUCCAUGGGCAUCACGCCGUUCUUCGUGGAGAACGUGAGCGAGCUGCAGCUGUUCGCCAUCAAGCUUGUGACGGCGGUUUUCUCUCGGUAUGAGAAGCAUCGGCAGCUGAUCCUGGAGGAGAUCCUGACGUCUCUGGCCAGGCUGCCCACCAGCAAGAGGAGCCUCAGGAACUUCAGGCUGAACAGCAGUGACACGGACGGAGAGCCCAUGUACAUCCAGAUGGUGACGGCGCUGGUGCUGCAGCUCAUCCAGUGUGUGGUGCACCUGCCCUCCGAGAGGGACGCGGACGACGAGUACGACAAGAAGGUGGAUCAAGAUGUCCUGAUCACGAACUCGUAUGAGACGGCGAUGAGGACGGCACAGAACUUCCUCUCUGUGUUUCUCAAAAAGUGUGGCAGUAAACAGGGAGAGGAGGACUACCGGCCGCUGUUUGAGAACUUCGUGCAGGACAUGUUGUCCACGGUCAACAAGCCGGAGUGGCCGGCCGCCGAGCUGCUGCUCAGCCUGCUGGGACGACUGCUGGUGCACCAGUUCAGCAACAAGUCUACGGAGAUGGCCCUGAGGGUGGCCUCGCUGGACUACCUGGGCACGGUGGCCGCGCGCCUUCGCAAGGAUGCUGUCACCAGCAAGAUGGACCAGAAAUCCAUCGACCGCAUCCUGCGCGAGGCCUCCGGCAAUGACGAAACUCAGCAGCUCCAGAAGGCUCUGCUGGAUUAUCUGGACGAGAACUCGGAGAACGACCCCUCCUUAGUGUUUGCGCGUAAGUUCUACAUCGCCCAGUGGUUCCGCGACACCACGACGGAAAUGGAGAAGGCGAUGAAGAGACAGGACCAGAAGGAUGAUGACGAGGACGGCGCGCAGCACGCCCGCGAGGUGGAGACCACCAGCGAGAUCAUGCAGCGCGCCGAGCUCCGCAAGAAGUACCUCCGCAACAUCAUCAAGAGCCUGCCCGCCAUGCAGUUCAGCUCCCUCAAGAUGAAUUCGGACACAGUUGACUACGAGGACUCCUGCCUGAUCGUCAGAUAUUUGGCCUCCAUGAGGCCGUUUGCGCAGAGCUUCGAUAUUUAUUUAACACAGAUUCUGAGGGUGUUGGGGGAGAGCGCCAUCGCGGUGCGGACCAAAGCCAUGAAGUGUCUGUCUGAAGUGGUGGCCGUGGACCCCAGCAUUCUGGCCAGGUCGGAUAUGCAGCGUGGUGUCCACUGUCGUCUGAUGGACAACUCCACCAGCGUUCGCGAGGCGGCUGUGGAGCUGCUGGGGCGCUUCGUGCUGAGCCGGCCCCAGCUCACCGAGCAGUACUACGACAUGCUUAUCGAGAGGAUACUGGACACGGGUAUCAGUGUGAGGAAGCGUGUGAUUAAGAUUCUGCGAGACAUCUGCCUGGAGCAGCCAGCCUUCAGCAAGAUCACCGAGAUGUGCGUCAAGAUGAUCCGCAGGGUCAACGAUGAGGAGGGCAUUAAGAAACUGGUGAAUGAGACAUUCCAGAAGCUCUGGUUCACCCCUACGCCCAAUCACGACAAGGAGGCCAUGACCAGGAAGAUCCUGAACAUCACCGACGUGGUGACGGCGUGCCGAGAUACGGGUUACGACUGGUUUGAGCAGCUGCUUCAAAAUCUGUUUAAGGCAGAGGAGGAUGCGUCCUACAAGCCGGCACGUAAGGCCUGCGUUCAGCUGGUGGACAAUCUGGUGGAGCACAUCCUUAAGUACGAGGAGUCUAUCUCAGACAAUGAGAACAAGGCGGUGAUGUCCAACCGGCUGGUGUCCUGCAUCACCGCCCUCUACCUCUUCAGCAAGAUCCGCGCAGAGCUGAUGGUCAAGCACGCCAUGACCAUGCAACCCUACCUGACCUCCAAGUGCAACACUCAGAAUGACUUCAUGGUGAUCUGUAACGUGGCCAAGAUCCUGGAGCUGGUGGUGCCGCUGAUGGAGCACCCGAGCGAGACCUUCCUGGCCACCAUCGAGGAGGACCUCAUGAAGCUCAUCAUCAAAUACGGCAUGCUGGUGGUGCAAAACUCUGUCAGCUGCCUGGGCGCCAUUGUGAACAAGGUCACGCACAACUAUAAGUUUGUCCUGACCUGCUUCAACCGCUACUACAGUGCGUUGACCAAGCUGAAGCAGCAGCAUCAGGACGACCCGUCCAGUAACGUGCUGUCCUCCAAUAAGCCCACACUGCUGCGCUCCCUCUUCACCGUGGGAGCCCUCUGCAGACACUUUGACUUCGACCGUGAGGAGUUCAAGGGCAACAACAAGGUGGUGAUCAAGGAUAAGGUUCUAGAGCUUCUGCUCUACUUCACCAAGAGCGAGGACGAGGACCUCCAGACCAAAGCCAUCAUCGGCCUGGGUUUCCUGUUCAUCAUGCACCCGGGCCUGAUGUUCAUGCCUGACGUGAAGAACCUCUACAACGACAUCCUGUCGGACAGGAAGCGCUCGGACAACCUGAAGAUCCAGGUGCUCAAGAACCUGCAGACCUACCUGCAGGAGGAGGACUCGCGCAUGCAGGAGGCCGACCGGGAGUGGAAGAAGCUGUCUAAGCAGGAGGACCUGAAGGAGAUGGGUGACAUCUCGUCUGGCAUGAGCAGCUCCAUCAUGCAGCUGUACCUGAAGCAGGUGCUGGAGUCCUUCUUCCACACGCAGUCCAAUGUACGACACUUCGCCCUCAACGUGGUGGCCCUCACGCUCAACCAGGGACUCGUACACCCUGUGCAGUGUGUGCCCUACUUGAUUGCCAUGGGAACAGACCCAGAGCCCACCAUGAGGAACAAGGCAGACCAGCAGCUGGUGGAGAUCGACAAGAAAUACACCGGAUUCAUCCACAUGAAAGCGGUGGCGGGCAUGAAGAUGUCCUACCAGCUGCAGCUGUCCAUCGCGGCGCCGCGGCCGGGCUCGCUGGUGCGCGGCUUCCGGACGGACGAGACGUCCUCGGCGCUCUGCUCGCACCUCUUCACCAUGGUCAGGAGCAACCGCCAGCACCGCCGAGCCUUCCUCAUCUCCCUGCUCAACCUCUUCGACGACAGUGCGAAAACGGAGGUGAACAUGCUGCUGUUCAUCGCUGACAACCUGGCCUGCUUCCCCUUCCAGAGUCAGGAGGAGCCCCUCUUCAUCAUGCACCACAUAGACAUCACCCUCUCCGUCUCCGGCAGCAACCUGCUGCAGAGCUUUAAAGAGUCCCUACUGAAGAAGGAGCAGCGGAAGGAGAGGAGGCAGCGCCGGAAAGAGGAGCGGGAACGCGAGCGAGAGCGGCGGGAACGCGAGCGGCAGGAGCGGCGGGAGCGCAAGUACAACAACUCGGAGGACGAGGACGAGGACGAGGAGCGGCACAGCAGCCGACGCAACAGCUCCGAGGAAGAGGAGGAGGACUACAGCGACGAAGAGGUCCGGCGGCGGCCCAAGAAGAGCCGACACAAGCAGCAGCAGCAGCAGGCCGCCAACAGCUCCGACUCGGGCUCCGGCUCGGACUCGGACAUCGACGACCUGGAGAAGGUGAUGCAUCGGCUGCCGGAGAACCCUAUCCCGCUGCUGGACUUCGCCAACGCCUCGCAGGGUAUCCUGCUGCUGCUGGUGCUCAAGCAGCACCUCAAGAACCUCUACGGAUUCUCCGAUAGCAAAAUCCAGAAGUAUUCUCCUACGGAGUCGGCCAAGGUGUACGACAAGGCGGUGAACAGGAAGAACAACGUGCAUUUCAGCCCGCGGCAGACUCUCGACUUCCUCAGCAGCGACCUCUCCAAGGCUGACAUCACCUACGACCUCAAGAAGAGGAUCGUCAGGCAAUACUUGGACUUCAAGGUUCUGAUGGAGCAUUUGGACCCAGACGAGGAGGAAGAGGAAGGAGAAGCGAGUGCUAACGCCCGUAACAAGGCCAUCAACGCGCUGCUAGGGGGCACGGGCUCCAGCCCCAACCCCAAGCAGCACCACUCGCACGUAGUACCCGUGGAGACGGAUGACGAGGACAGCGAAGGGGAGGAGAAGAUGCCAGGGUCGUCGUCGCGGCGCUCGCGGAGUCGAGGCGGCGGCGAGUCUCUGGAAGCCAUGGGCAACCUGCACGAGACCCUGGGGUCCAUGGACGUGGUGGCCCUCUGCUGCCCCAAGUACAAGGACCGGCCGCAGAUCGCGCGCAUCAUCCAGAAGACGGGCAGCGGCGCCUACAGCAUCCACUGGAUGGCCGGCUCCUACUCGGGCGCCUGGGCCGAGGCCAAGAAGCGCGACGGGCGCAAGCUGGUGCCCUGGGUGGACACCAUCAAGGAGGCCGACAUCAUCUACAAGAAGAUCGCCCUGACCAGCGGGCACAAGCUCACCAACCAGGUGGCUAAGACUUUGCGGUCGCUGUACGCGGCGAAGGAAGGCGGCGCGAGCUAAUCGCACAUCAUGACACGCAUUGACCUGAGCGCGUACACACACUCACACACAAACACAUACACACCCACGUACACAUUCACAUUACACGCACUCUUAUUUUACACGUGAAAGCCCAUAUGUGAACACUUCUACAGGAACUCUCUGCAGCCAAACUUUAUUGGGGAUCCCGUGUUUUCUAAACAAUACCCCCUUAUUGAGGACGACGGAGAGACUUUAGUGCAGACACAUGACAUGAAAAGAUUAUGGAAGGGUUG